AGAGGAACGACGCAGGCGAAGGACGCCCUCCUUAAAACCGCCGCGCCGCCUUCUGUCCGGGUUUCCGGAGACUGAACAGACCCCGCGCUGCUUUACCCCGUUCAAGACCACCUACAGACCCUCUCUCGCGUCUUCACGGCAGGUCCAGCUGCUCCUGUGUCCAGCGGGAGUUACUCAGCUGCGACCGCUCUCUGUGGGUGAUCGCGGGUCAUCGGUGUAGCAGCAGCGCUAGCAGUGGACAUGAAAAGCCUUCCGUAUUUCUGCCGAGGGCCGGUGGUGCGAGGAUUUGGGAGAGGGAGCAAGGAGCUGGGAAUCCCGACAGCAAACUUCCCCAUGUCUGUAGUGGACAAUCUCCCUGCUGAUGUCAGCACAGGCAUCUACUAUGGCUGGGCACGAGUGGACAGUGGAGAAAUCCACAAGAUGGUGAUGAGCAUCGGCUGGAACCCGUACUACAAAAACACAAAGAAAUCAAUGGAAACGCAUCUGAUCCACAAGUUUGAAGAGGAUUUCUAUGGUCAAACACUAAGUGUGGCCAUGGUGGGUUACAUUCGCCCAGAAAGAGGAUUCAAUUCACUCGAGGAAUUGAUAGCAGCAAUUCAUGGUGACAUUGAAGAAGCGAAAAAAAAGCUGGACUUGCCGGAACACUUGAAACUGAAAGAGGGCAACUUUUUCAGAACAUCCGUUUCCACAACGAGCGAUCAGAUCAUGAACGGUCACUGACUUGACCCUACCACUUGCCUGUUGUGUCCCAUCUUCCGUUUUCUUGGGGUAAAGCCACUGCGACGUGCUUUAAAAUGUUAUUUUUAUACCAUAGCAUUUUAGAGGAAGGUUCACGUGUUUGUGUGGCGCUGUUGAAUGGUGCUGGUACUGACUGCAGAGCCAACUUUGUCACUGCAUCCUCUCCCAAGGUCAUUCUGUAUAAAAGAUAAAACAGCGAGGGGAGUGAGGUUUGUCUUUGUCAUGGAGGAAAGUACAAGCAUUACCAUGUACAUGUAACAUCUACUGCUCUAGACAAUUUUAGCCUCUUUCUCCGUACUUAGAAAAUAACACGCAAACCCAUUUACUCAAAGCACAAGUAUAAUAGACGACAACAGGCAGCUGCUGAAGCAUCUGAAGCACCAGUUGGCAUCAUAACCUCUUUAGUGACCUGAUCACAAGUGGACUGUGAAAUUACUUCACAACAUGCUUUACCAAGCAUAUAGUGGAUCUCAUACUUCUAGAAGUCUAAUUAACUGUACUCUGUUACUACAGAACAUAAUUAGGCCUGAGGUUUUGCUGCAGCUCAGUAUGUGAAUAAAAUCAUUUGUGCUCAGUUUUUGAUAGAAUUUUUAAAUGUGGCACCAUUUUUUUUGUCCAUUUUAGCAUAAUAGAUGUCAGAAAAAAUAAAUAUUGUAUUGUGAUAAUUUCUUGAUGUAUUUGGUAACAUUAGAUUUAAAUUGCCCACUACUAGGUUAAAAUGCGUUUCCAGUGACGACUCGGAUUUCAUGACUUUUCAUCUCUACAACGUGUCAGAAAUAAUGGCAAUUAGCAGUGGAAUUGUCUUUUUUCCCUUUAUAUGGAACUAUUAUAUUACAAGCCUACAUCCUUCAUAGCUAGCCUUACUGUAGCUAAUACUAGCUUGUACCUGGAAUCAUGUGUAGAGCUGAGCAAAGCUUACAAGCAUCUCUCAAGUGUUUAAAUAUGAGAGAAAGCUUUCUCUUUCUGCAAGCAUGCGUGCUAACAUUAGUGUUCGCUACUAAGCAAGCGAGUAACCAAACAGUCAAAGCUUUGUUGUUUUUGCAAGACUCAUGUGAUGCACAUUUGUGUGUUUAUUUGUCUGAACCCAACUAGUGAGUCUUUCACAGGAGCACACAGAUCUUCUAUGUUCACAGUAUAAUUAUGUGGUCAUAAACGUCACUGACUGCCUCCGAAGGUGGUCUGAAUGAUUGGAUCACAGUGCGUCUGAGAUGCACUGGACCCUGUUCACCUUUACAUACUGAUGUCUACUUUUCUGAUGACCUGAGAGGUCAUUAAUGCCAUGUGUGAAGGGGCUGUCCAGUCAUUGCAGCUCUUACCCAUUUGAAGCAGCUGCCUUGUUGGCGUCUAUUAAAACUUGAGAAAACCUACAGGUUUGAAACUUCUAACUGCACGGAAACGCAGUGCAAGUGGUGUCUGCAGUACAGAUGUGGCACAGAAGGAUUAGGAUGAAAAAUGUUGGCGUAUUCCUUUAAGAAGGGCUGUUUCAGAUGAUGGAUCCCCAAAAGAGAAAAAAAAAUCUUUCCCCUGUUUUGUAACCUUUAUGAAGGACGUCUCAGUAGGGAGGAAGAACCUUCAGGACAGUGAGACUUGUUUAGACUGAGUUUUCUGUAACAUUGAUAUCACACUGUGUACCGGAUCCGUCACUAGACUAAGCAGGAGUGUCUGAUUUAUAAGCCUGGUUCUUUAUGCAAUGGAAGGUCCUGCUUUUUGUAGUUGAGAAUCAGGCAUGUUGUAAUGUACCAUUUUCAAAUGAGUUGUGAUGAUCUUAUGAAUAUGCAUACAGUUGUAUAAACGUGUGUGUGUGUGUGUGUGUGGAGAUGGAGCCAUUUCCUUUUAAAUAAUUUAUUUGUCUCGUG